CUGUGAGGUAUUACAAUCAAUAAAGUAAGUGGCACUUCCUGUUCCAGUUUUUAAUGUCAUAGAGUCAUAAUUCCAUUUAUGACAUUAUGGUGUGGAAGCAGCCAUUUUUAAAAACUAAAAAAAAAAAACAAUCCUGAAAAAAGGCCUCUAUAUUACAGUUACUUCUUCCUAUAUAUUCUCAGUUGGAUAAUCCAAAACCCUAGAAUUCAUUGGAAAUCAAAAUGUGUGAACUACCGGCGGAUGUAAUCGUCGAUAUACUUUCUAGAUUACCGGUGAAACCCCUUUUAAAGUUCAGGUUCGUCUCAAAACCAUGGUGUGCCCUAAUCGAUAGUCCAAGUUUCAUCAAAUCGCAUCUGAAUCGAUCAAUCGAAACCAAAACCAAUCGCAGCAUCAUUUGCAGAGAUUGCGACCUCUACUCCAUAGACUUCGAUUCUCUCGAUCACGCCGUAGAGCUUGACCACCCCUUGAAAAAAAGUCGAUGGAGAAGUUACCCGUCACGCCGAUUGAGUUCCCGGGUGGAUUCGGCAUUUGCCAGUUCAUUGUUUAUGGGUUUGGAUUUCCCUUAUUACCUUCGAUACAAGCGAGAGCAUGCUAUGGUGGUUAAUGGGGCUUUGCAUUGGCUUGUGAGUCGAAGACCGGAGUCGGAUAAGGCCAACUUGAUUGCUGCUUUUGAUCUUGGGGUUGAGGAAUAUCGGUUGGUGCCACUGCCUGAGCUUUUGGAUCAGAAUGUUCAUAUGAAUUUGAAGGAUUUUGGAGGAUGUCUGUCACUACUUUGCAAUUAUUUUGAGGUUCGUGUGGAGAUAUGGGUGAUGGAGGAGUAUGGGGUUAAAGAGUCUUGGACUAAAUUGUUUUCUGUUACUCAACCAAGUAUGAUUAGGUCAUUCGAUUAUGUGAGGCCUUUGGAUUAUUCGAGGAGUGGUGGGGAAAUACUUUUGGAACAGGAUGGGAAAAAGCUUGUUUGGUAUGACUUAGAAAGGAAAACAGUAAAAAAUGUUAGGAUUCAUGGUUUAGACCAUUUAAUAGAACCUUAUAUUUGUGUGGCAAGCCUUGUUCCGCUUCGUGGUGGUGAUGGUGAAAUGGAUGGUAAGAAGGAGCAACUACAAAAGAAAAGAAGAAGAAAAUGAAUAGAAAG